AUGGCGGAUGAAGAUCUCUUAACCAAGGUCCACGGCCUGAGCGACCUUGAGCUCGCCGUCCUGCUGUGCCUGGUAAACCGAGAACACUGCAUCGUCAGCACUCCGCCCGUUGCCCUCAACGAACUGAUUGAAGAGCUUCAGCUCAUUACAACCAAGACCUUCGGUCUGAAGUGCGCCGUCGUGGAUUGCACCCCGCAAACCACCCUCGAGGACUUUGCAUCCUCAAUCCUCACCGCCCCGUCGCCCACAGCGACGAGAUCCGGCUCACCCCUCCGCACUCGUAAUGAGCCCUCCUACUUCUCACACGCGGGCAUCUUCCCCCUGACUGCCGUCACUGCCUCGAGCCCGACCGGCCCUGGCGGCGCAGCCAGCUACUCCAUCGCCAACGUUGUCCUGGCCCGGAACCUCGACCGCGCCCCCAAGGCCGUGCAGAUCCAGGCCCUCGAGCUGCUCCGCACGCGUCGCAUCUUCACUCGCACCUCCGUCCAGACCGCGCCCAAACAGUUCCUUUUCGUGGCCGCCCUGGGUGCCGAGAGCGGUGGCAAGGCGCACGUCACGUUGCAUCUGAACGACUACUUCUUCAUCGCGCACUGGCACGAUCCCGACGACGGCUUUGCCAAUCUGGAUGAGGCGUACGAUGUCACCGACGGUGCCGAGACCGCCAGUACCGAAAGCGUGGUCAAGAAGAGCAUCAACGGUGAUGUAUUGGCCGUCAGCGACGAUCCCGUUUUCGGCGAAGGGGACAUCGCGGCUCUUGCGAAGCUCAGCCGAGAGGUGCAUAUCGACGUGGAUGUGCUGCGUUACCAGAUGGACAUGGUCACAUACUUGAGGAUGCACCGCGCAGUUGCAGGUGGCAUUGAGCCAGUCGCAACCAAACACCUGGAACAGUUGCUCAAGUGUCUCGCACCAUUACAUGGCCUAGACUAUGUCACGCCCGCUCUCGUUCAUUUGGCUACUAGGAAGGUCUACCUGCAUCGAAUCCGGAUAGUGCACCCUCGUCAGGAGCGGAGCAUGCAGUGGGGCAGUCAGUUAGAGGCCAUCGAGGCGAUACUCGAAGGUAUUGGCCCCGAGGACGUCAUUGAAGACGUAAUAGGGAUGGUGACGGCGCCGCUAUGA